AUGGCCUUGUUUCCUUCCCCCUUGCCCGGCUGGCACCCUGUCUCCAACACCUGCGUCAGCCCCCCCAGCCCAAGUCUCCGGGCAGUGGGCUCCCGACGCGGCGGUGUGGCGCCUGCGGCCUGCGGCGUGGCGUUCGGCCUGGCGUUGGCAGCGGGGCCACGUUGCUCCGGGCACUUGCGAGGUCCUGCUGUACGGAUGUGGCAGGUUCAGGCGAAAGCGAAAAAGGAUGAUGCGUACAAGGCAUCUGUUCAAGAACAGGGGGACUCGGGGGACUCAGAGCAGAGUUUGAGUGCCGAGUAUGCGCAGCAAGUGUACGAUCUCCUUGCCGAUCGGGAAACUUAUGCCGACGAUCAAACUCGGAAUGAAUCGAUGUCAAAAGCGAGUGUCAAAAGCUUCGUGCCAAGAAUCUAUCUUUCGAGUCACGCAUCUUGA